CAGUCGGUUUGAAUCAAUCAAUUAUAAUGUAGAUCUUAUUGUACUAUUCUUAGCCGGCUAUUAAGAAGCCCAUUUAUACACCACAAUUCCUUUGAAAACAGACACAGCAGAAUGGAUACAGUGGCGACAACUGAGAAGAGGCCUCAUGUCAUCUUUAUUCCAUUACCUUCACAAAGCCACGUAAAGGCUAUGCUCAAACUAGCGCAGCUUCUUCACCACAAGGGACUCCAAAUUACCUUCGUUAAUACAGAGUUCAUCCACAAGCGGUUGGUCAGCUCUGGUGGUGCCCACACCCUCGAUGGCUCAGAUGGUUUCCAAUUUGCAACAAUUCCUGACAGCAUUCCUCGGAUUUCUGAAGAGGAACCAGCAGUACACCUGCUCCUUCAUCAUAUAGAAACCACCUUUUUAGCUCCUUUCGUUGACCUUGCAAUGAAACUUCCAACUCCACCAACUCUUAUCAUCUCUGAUGGCUUCAUAUCGGCUUUCACCAUUGAUGCAGCACAAAAGCUAGGGAUCCCUAUCAUGCUCUACUGGACGGUCGCCGCUUGUGGCUUCAUGGGUUUUUACCAGACCAAAUCUCUCAUCGAGAAAGGUUUUAUACCACUUAAAGAUGAAAGUUACUUGACAAACGGGUAUUUAGAAACAAGUAUAGAUUGGAUUCCAGGGAUGAAUGGAAUCCAGCUAAAGCAUUUUCCUAGCCACAUAAGGACAACAAACCCUCGCGACAAAAUUCUUACGUUCUGUACUGACGCUUCACAAAAGGCCCACAGUGUUGAAUACAAUAUUAUUCACACCUUUGACACGUUGGAGACUAGUAUUGUUGAGGCUCUUUCAUCCAUGAUUCCUCCCAUUUACACAGUGGGACCUAUACAGUUACUUCUUAAUCGGAUUCCAGCAGAGGAAAAACAAAACACGAUGUCGAAUUUCAAUGGAUACAGCUUGUGGAAAGAAGAACCAGAGUGUUUACAAUGGCUGGAAUCUAAGGAACCGAAGUCUGUGAUUUAUGUGAACUUUGGGAGUUCAACAGUAAUGUCCUUAGAAGAUCUUACAGAAUUCGGUUGGGGACUUGCAGAUAGUAACCAAUAUUUCCUUUGGAUAAUUAGAUCCGGUGUUGUUGUCGGAGAAUCCUCAGUUUUGCCUCCUGAAUUUGAGGAGCAUAUUAAAGAGAAGGGUUUCAUAGCAAGCUGGUGCCCACAAGAAAAAGUCCUGGAGCACCCUUCCAUCGGAGGGUUCUUGACUCACGGUGGUUGGGGUUCCACAAUUGAGAGCUUGUCGGCUGGGGUACCAAUGAUUUGUUGGCCUUAUGGAUGGGAUCAAUUGACUAAUUGUAGGUAUAUAUGUAAGGAAUGGGAGGUUGGACUGGAGAUGGUAAAGGACGUUAAAAGGGAGGAAGUCAGUAAGCUUGUACAUGAGUUGAUGCUCGGAGAACAAGGCAACCGUAUCAGGAAGAAGGCCAUGGAGUGGAAGGAAAAGGCUUAUGCAGCAACAGGUCCCAGUGGUUCAUCUUCCUUGAAUGUGGAUAAACUUGUCGAGGAAAUAGUCAUGCUGUCAAAAUAAUUACUUUAAUCAUCCACUAGAAUUUGAUUCAAAAUAUAAUAUAUUUCGUUGAAUAUCAAAUCAUACAAAACAUAAUAUUUGGAUGAAAAUAUUGUAAGAUUUGAUUUUAGAACUAGGGAAGAGGCUCGGGU